GAAUGGAUUUCUUGAAUUAUUGAACUGUAGGAAAACGAAAAUAUUUAUUAGUACGGAUGGUAUUUGUAAUAUUUAAUGAUUUAAAAACGAAUUUAAAUAUUCAAAUUAGAAUAAUUUCAGUCUAUGGGUUUAACUCUACAGUUUUAAAGGGCACCGUCUGAGAACAUACUACACAAGAUGGGUAUGGGACAUAGAAAGCGAAAGGGCGGGAGAUUUAACAGACGGCGUUCGAGACGUGUCGGAGACGGCGAGGAUGUGCCUCGUUCUGGGAUCCGUCGCCAUGGCAAAUCUUCUGGUGGCAUUUUCUCUUGCUGCAGUGGAGUACUAAGUGAUCCCAUUGAACGUAACCAGGAAGACAUUGUAGCGUUACAUCAGGCUCAGAAACAGAUGCUUGCUUCAUUCAAGCUGCAGACGACACAGAUCAAUUUUGAUCAGGACAACCCUGUCUGGCAUGCAUCUCGCGACCAGGAUCAAACGGAACAAGUUGAAGAAUUGCAGAAAGAGCAGGUGCAAUUAUUCAACGACAUACUGAACCAACAAAGUAAAGAAAAAGACUCUGAAAAAACUCAGGUGUUGUAUAAACAACAGUGUGAAAUAAUUGAACAGAUGCGUGAAUUACAGAUGGAAGGUUACGCAUAUCCCGGCGGUAUUCCUGCGCCAGUAACAGCUUCAGAACAGAAAGAAAAAACUAUUGAACUGGAAAAUGUCAGCCCUACAUCCUGAGUGCUACUCCUUGUUUCUUCAAUUACAUUUUGACAGAAAUCCAUUUAGAGUAUAGAAUUCGAAAUAUUCUUUUAACAACACAGCAGGCAUUAUAUAGUUAUAUCCUCCUCCUCCUCAAGAACUUGGAAUCGUAUUUGUGCGAACUGUUAAAAUGCUUACAACAUGAAAAAUGGAAUAUUAAACUAAAUCAAGGACACAUAACUCUAGUCAUACAUAACUGAUCUGGAAAAUAAUCAAACUUGCUCAUAUGGUUAACGCAACUAGAGGGUUUACAAAAUGUAAUAAAAAUUGUCUAUUUGCAUAUAGAAAAUCUGAGAUUUCUGCGCUGAAGCGUUCUUCCGUUAUCCAGCCUAAGGUCACCGCGUCCUUGACUUUUGAAAUUGAAAGGGGUCAUCUGCCGGUCACUACCAAAUUUGAGGUUCUUGUGCCAAAAUAUUCAUCGAUUAUCGAUCUGAAACCAAGGGGAAGGACUAACAGACGAACAACUAUAUGCAGUCCUUCGCGGCAUAAAAAUUGGCUCUUGUGGGGUCUGAAAUCAUACAUGAAAAUAAAUAGUCCGAAACCUUAACCUCAUUGUGCUUUCAUUCCGAAAAAAUACUACUAAGUGACUGGUAAUAACAGGUGGCAUGGGAGACAUAGCCUCAGACAAGUUUGAUCAUUUUUAGGUUAAAUAUUUAGGGGACAAGAAUACUAGUAUUUCUUUCUGAAGCGCCUCUCAAGCAACUCCACCCCGCCGCUUGCGUAUACUUGCUGAGUUCCGCCUGGUGAACGUCACAGAGCGGUGGAGUACAUAUAUAAACUUUCUUCGCAGUCUAGCAAAAAUCAUGACAAAUCCGAAAUACAACUGUAAUUUUAUCAAACAACUGAAGUUCAUGAAAAACUGAAUGAACAUAAAAAUAAAUACAAAUCGUGAAGGUCGGGAGAUAAAAUUCAACAGGAAGGACUCGAGUUGUAUAUGUGUACGGUCACUAUGUAUUAGAAUGAUAUGCUGUUAUCUUUAUGUUAUCAUACAUGUAUAAUUAUUUUAAAAUGUGUUUGAUAAUAUUCUAUCCGUCUUUCAGCUUAAUUACUCAGAUAAACCUGUGAUAACACGAAAUUUUUGUUUGCAUAUUAUCUCGUGACUUCUAGUUUCUGUACUGAAACUGUUUGCUCAUUUAUUUGUUGUAAAUAAACGUUAUUUAUUUCAUUUCAUUUUUUGUUAAAUUACUUCUGUUAAAGCUAAAUAAACAGUGUUGAAUUUAUUUGGAAUAUGAAUAUUCAAAAACUGUGAGAAAGUUGAUAUUUAAUUAUUUGAUAAUUCAGAAGCGGUGGGUUUUACGUGAGUUCGGGAGCGAAAAUAGCUAAGUAUGGCGCAUUCAUUUGGCCUGACCCGUCCACCGUCCAAGAACAGGCGCAGCUCAAAACUUCCAAACCCCAUUGCGUUUUGUGUAUUAUCCAUUCUGAUUGGACUAAGUGACGGAAAAAGUUGCGUCCAGGACGGUCAGUGUAAAUGUACAUUUGAUGAUGGUAGUGGCACAGUGGAUUUAUCACCCAUAGGCAGACAAGAUGGCACACCAUUAAUGCAAGAUCAGUUUGCUCCGGACAACUAUGCGUAUUCUUUUAACCCCUGUUAUCCUUUCACAGAAGGCACGUGUGUUAAUGCCGCAGCAUGCCAAUAUGAUUCUGCUAAUAAUAUAUACUACAACAUUGGAGAUUCGUCUAAAGUCACUCUGUCAUUUGACGGUCUUAACAUAGUAGGGACUUACGAAUCGGACGACGGUGCAAGGAGUUCCACAGUGACGUUUCAGUGUGACCCGAAUGCCGAUCCUCCAACUGACACGGCACUGGGAGAAACCAGCACGACUAUUUAUGGUUUUACAGUUGCAUCAAAGUAUGCGUGUGUUCCAGGUGGUCCCGAUCCCGGCCCAGGUCCAGGUCCAUCUGUCGAAGUCUCAGUCAGCAUUAGCGUUGGUUCUGUCCUCGUCAUUGUAUUCUUUGCUGUGCUGGUUGUGUAUCUAAUAGCUGGGGUGGUGUUUAACAAGUUCGUACGUCACAAUACAGGCAAAGAGCUUAUGCCAAAUGUGACGCUAUGGGUCGCUUUCCCAGGUCUUGUUAAGGACGGAGUUAUGUUCGUUGUCUCCAAGGUUACCAGACGGGGUGGUUACGGAAAAGUUUAAAGAUUUUUGUCAUCUGUCAUUCUUUCAACAUGAUAUAGAACCGAAACAUAUGCAAUUGAUUGUUUAGAUACAGCUGUUGGAUUAUCUAGACAUUCAAAUCAAUGACAAUAUGUGUGGAAAAAAUGGCUAAAUCUAUAAGUAAAAUAUAAAUUGAAAGUAUAAUCUGAGCUGAAGUUUCGAACUUAAAGCUUCAAUCUACUUGGUAGUACCAGUUCAUUGCUUGCGCUCGAACAAAAAUUUACAUGCGCAUAUUUUGACUAUGAAACAUUUUAGAAAUAGUUUGUUGUUUCAAAUGAUGAUAUCAUUCAUGUCUUUACUCUUGUUUGUAACAUCUGUGUAGUUUUAUCGUUAUUUGUUUGUAACAUCUGUGUAGUUUUAUCGUUAUUUGUUUGAACAAAAUAAACAAUUUAAAGGAA